AUGACAGACGUGGUGGACGCCGAAAACCCAGAAGUUAAACCGAAAGCGAAGGACAAAGUAAGAAGCAGAAUGUAAUAUAUAUAUAAAAUACGUUUAUAAAAUUUUGGAUUAUUAAUUUAUGGAAAUAAUACGAUAUUGUUAUAGUGGUUCCGUUUUGACCCUGGGUUCCCGGUGACAGCAUUAUCUUCGUUUAUGACAUUUGGGUUAACACAGAUGAUGGUAUAUGGAGUCACAGGAAAUGCAAAGACAGCAUUGUAAGUUAUAAUUUACAUUCACAUACCGAAUGGGCACGUACUAUUAGGUUGUUUGGAUAAUUCUGUGCGCUUUAACCUAUAUUUUUUUUAUUUUUUUGUAGGAGGCUCAGAAUUAUUUAAACAACCUAAUAUAAUAUUCUGUUUAAAAGCGUAAAGAACUAAAGGGAAACAAUUCUAUGGUCCUUUUAACCUUUCGUAUUUUCAUUUAUUUUUAAAUAUGUUAUCUAUGAAUUUGUAUAUUUUAGUUUCUGCUCGCUGCUAACUUUCCCAGUAUCAUGGACGAUGGGUUUAAUGGACGCGGAACAAGAUUUUGUCAAAUGGAAAAAGACAGCUGCCCUGAGGGAAAAAGGGAUCAGCGAAAAGUUCAUGCCCUACAAAGUGAAAUAUGACUGGUCGGACUAUCAAGACAAAAUGGUUCUGAACCCGGACCGUGUCAAGUUAGAUUGA